UAAUCAAGCCGGCUGCCGUUUGAAAAUGAAUGAUAUGCUGCUCAAGUUGUAGAAACAGUGGGCUGUUGGGGUAUUGUGUGUUAAGCGGCAAACAGCAUUUACAGAUAAGGGAAAGUGGACGAUUUCAGAGAAAACCUUGAAAUACAAACCGGGGGAAAAUAAUAAUUUCCAGCAAUGCAAUUGACCUUGUGUGAGCCCAAUGCCAUGUCCGAAGCCGUGGUGAUGGAGCCUCCCAGAGCAGGUGGUUUACGGGAGUCAUCCUACGGGGCUGGAGACAGCGCAGCCUCCCUUGAUGACUGCAUUGUGGAUACGGCAAAUGAGUCUUCAGAGGAGGAGUCCGCAGGGGAAAGGGAGGAGGAGAUUGGUGCACAUGAUGAGGCUACAGAGGUCCCUGCUGAACAGACCUCAAACACACAAACAGUAAACACCCGGCGUCCAAACUCCCUUCCGGUUCCGGCAGCAGGAGGGUGCGGCCUGUGGACGUCACAGGGUGACGCAGAGGUGAACCUGAGGAUGGGGGACUCUGGCCUGGCUGCUGAGACCCCUCUGACCAUCAACCAGAUGUUCACCUUAGCUGUGGAGCGCUUCGCCGACUACACAGCUCUGAGCUGGAAGGAGGGCGAGCAGCAGAAGAGCCUGAACUACAGAGAAUAUUACCAGACAUGCCGCACCGCUGCCAAGAGUUUCCUGAAGCUUGGUUUGCAGCGCUACCACGGUGUCGGCAUCCUGGGCUUCAACUCGUCUGAGUGGUUCAUCUCUGACAUUGCAGCUGUUUUGGCAGGUGGGUUUGCUGUUGGCAUCUACACCACCAACUCUCCUGAGGCAUGCCAGUACGUAGCAGACAACAGCAAGGCCAAUAUCAUUGUGGUGGAGAAUCACAAACAGCUGCAGAAGAUCCUUCAGGUUGAAGACAAGCUGCCGCACUUGAAAGCCAUUAUCCAGUACAAAGAUGCACUUAAAGAGAAAAGACCAAAUCUGUACUCAUGGGCGGAGUUCAUGGAGCUUGGACGCGAUGAGCCCGAUGCACCCCUCGAUGCGAUCAUCUCCAGCCAGAAGCCCAACCAGUGCUGCACGCUCAUCUACACCUCAGGGACCACAGGCCAGCCCAAAGGAGUCAUGCUCAGCCAUGAUAAUAUAACAUGGACCGCGCUCGCUACCAGCCGCCAUGUGGGCCUGACAGAUGCCACUCACACUCAGGAGUUGGUGGUCAGCUACCUGCCGCUCAGCCACAUUGCGGCCCAGAUGGUAGACAUCUGGGUAACCAUGAGGGUCGGAGGGGCGACCUACUUUGCCCAGCCAGAUGCACUGAAGGGCUCUCUGGUGAACACGUUGAAGGAAGUGCGUCCCACGGCCUUCAUGGGCGUCCCACGUGUCUGGGAGAAAAUGCAGGAGAAGAUGAAGUCCGUCGGAGCCAAGUCUUCAACUGUGCGCAGGAAACUGGCUGCCUGGGCCAAAGAUGUUGGCCUGCAGACUAAUCUGACCAAAAUGAAUCAAAGCGGCACAGCUGGCCGCACGCCGCUCAGCUAUCAAUUAGCCAAAAAGCUGGUGUUCAAAAAGGUGCGGAAGGCUCUGGGCCUGGACCGCUGCAACAAGUGCUACACCGGGGCCGCUCCCAUAACCAAAGACACCCUGGAGUUCUUCCUCAGCUUAGAUAUCCCUCUGUACGAGCUGUACGGCAUGAGCGAGAGCACUGGACCUCACACAAUCUCCAUCCCCGAAGCCUUCAAGCUCACCAGUUGUGGUAAAGAGAUCCCAGGGUGCAAGACGAAGCUGCACAACCCGGACGAGGGGGGAAACGGUGAGAUCUGCUUCUGGGGCCGCCACGUCUUCAUGGGUUACAUCAACAUGCCCGAGAAGACGGAGGAGGCUCUCGACGCAGAGGGUUGGCUGCACUCCGGGGACCUGGGCAAACACGACCAGAACGGAUUCCUCUUCAUCACCGGAAGAAUUAAAGAGCUGAUCAUCACGGCAGGAGGAGAGAACAUCCCUCCUGUCCCUAUCGAGGAUGCUGUGAAGGAGGCCGUGCCGCUGAUUAGUAACGCCAUGCUGAUCGGAGACAAGAGGAAGUUUCUAUCUAUGCUGCUCACCAUUAAGUGCCAGCUAAACACAGAGUCAGGAGACCCAGAGGACGAGUUGACACCAGAAGCUAUCGAGCUCUGCAGGAAGUUGGGCAGCAACGCCACACGAGUCUCUGAGAUCGCAGGCGGCCAGGAUCGAGUGAUCCACGCCGCCGUCCAGGAGGGAAUCAACAGAGUCAACAAGGAGGCAUCCUCCAACGCGCAGCGCAUCCAGAAGUGGAUCAUUCUGGAUCGUGAUUUCUCCCUGACAGGAGGAGAGCUGGGCCCUACCAUGAAGCUGAAAAGGCCGGUGGUGGCGAAGAUGUACAAGGAGCAGAUUGAGAACUUUUAUAAGGAGUUGGCGACUCCAACGACCCCCGACAACACGCCGCCUCCCAAAUAGAGCUGCUCCUCCACCUGCAGGGAAAUCCAGACUGUCUGAGUUAACGUGCAGACACGCCUCACCUCGUUAAUCCAGCCAUUUUUAUCUUGUCAAAAUGUUUUGAUUGCCUUACAUUUUGGUCGUUCUGUCUUGGUUUACAUUUGUAGGUGUUGUGCUGAAAAUAAGAAGCCAUUGUAAAAUAGCUUUAUGAUUUUGAAGACGCUGUCAAUAAGUCGAAGUCGACUAUUUGGAUUACUGGGAUGAACAGUAAUAUCCGAUACAUGAAGUAGCAGCAGCUGUAUGUAAGAAAAGCUGUUGCUUUAUUUUACUGCAUUACUUGAGCUAUGAGACAGAAUCCAAAAAAAGUUGAUGGGAUGUUUUUAACGAAUUUGUCUUAUUGAACAUGUUUUUCUUAAUUUAUUUCUGGUUUGCCAAAGUUUACAUGGGCUAAAUGAGCUUCAAAUGAAGAAUUAUUUUGAGAAAAGAUGCCAUUUGCAAUACAGCAAUCAUAUGCAAAUGUUUACUGGCAUUUUACAUGCAUUUGGUGUGUUUUUCUCGUCUUUGUCAGCUGGGUUUCAAAGAAAAUAAUAAUUUACGUUGUACAUCAAAAAAAGCCAAUGUUUUCUGGUAGUUGCAGUUACCAUCUCAUAACUUAGCAUCCAUAUUUAGUUUUUCAUCCUGUAAAACACAUCACUGAAGCCAUAUCUAUUGCCUUUUGUAAUUGUAAAGUCAGACUCUGUUGUUCUGUAUUCUGAUGAAAUGCAGACCAUUACACAACUGCCUGGUCCUGUUGAAAUGUUUUCCAACAGUUCUUCUGUGAUUUUUGUGGAAUAUUGUAAAUAUGUUUAGUCUAUAUCAUCUUUUCUUUUUUAAGACAUUUAUUUAGAAGCCCAGAAAAUCUCAUGAAUAAUUUUUUUGCACUCAAUGACUUGCUUGGAAUGGGAAAUGUACAAAAGUUAGAUUAUAUGUAGCUCCAUGGGGCAAGUAUAUGAACUGGUCUGUUGCCAUCCCAUAUUCACAUAAAUGUAUAAAUGUUUGAGGUUUUGAGCUGAAGACGACAUGAAGACAUUUCAUACAAAGAAAAAGGUUUAAAAAGGAAGUAAAAGAGUAUGUUGUACUCCAAAGAACUGAUCUUGUAUAUGAAGUAAUUAUGUAUAUAAUAGGCAUAUCGUAGUACUCUUAGAAGUUCAAAGUGAAGGUGGGUUUGGUGGCUGUGGUUUGCUCAAAGUAACUCAAGUUCAGGGUAAACAAAACGAAGCAAUUUUUAUGUUUGUGUCUAAAGUUAAAUAAGGAAAUGACGGUGAUUCAGUGCGUCUGCAUUUACCUGACCUAAAAGAGCUGUUGUUGAAAAUGUCAGGGUUGAAAUAUGCAUGAAGGAGAAAAAGGAAACAAGUCUGUUUCGGUCCACAGAUGUGAAUGUUGACGGUUUGAUCGGUUACGGAAUAAAAGUUGAGUAAGCUGCUGAACUC